GACGACCCCAUAUGCCCUCACAUAGCAAUGCAGAAAGCUCGUGGCGACGAGGAGGAUGCCAAAGCUACUGCUCACUUCCUUGCGGCUUGAGAGGUCAACACAGACAACACUGGCAUCAUCAUUGUUCAUAUACAGUCCACAAAAAGAAGGUCCUGCUUCUUGGGAGUCGUGCUUGGUCUCCUCCUCGUCUCCGCGAGCUUCGAAACAGAACCCGGGGGGCUUCUGUUCGAGAGGAGCCCUUCUUCCCUGCUGGUUGGACCGGGGCUGCAACGAGACCCGAUCCAGCCUGGAGUGCAAUACAUAUGGGUUCCCUCACAAGUUCUUGGGUGAUGGACUUGUGUGGCAGACCAAUAUGCUCCAACCAAGAUGUGGCAUCAUGUGCUUUAAAGGAAAUAUUCGACUCCUCUACCUGCAUUAAUCACCUAGUGGCGACCGGUGUCGUCGCACUGCUCGUGUUUGUGCUCAUGCUCCAGUUGCUAGUCAAAAUUCCAAAUAGCAGAGUGUCCGCGCGACAGCUCGUCUCGCUCAGCUCACUGCUGCACUUCUCCGCCGUGGUGUUCAAUGGCUGCCUGGGUUUGGUUUAUCUCGGGCUAGGACUGUGGAUGCUGGGGACUGGAUUCAAUCAGGAUGCUUCCGUUGUUUACCUUCCACAUUGGUGGCUUGUAACAUUAUCUCAAGGAUUGAAUCUGGUCCUUGCCAGCUUCGCUUUCAGCACCAGGCCUCUGUUUCUUGGGGCAGCGUUUGUUAGAUUUUGGCCGGUCCUGCUGACCAUCUGCGCAGCAUUCAUCUGUUGUUCUUCGGUUGUUAAUAUUGUUGCAGAGAAGACGAUCACCAUUAAGGCUUGUUCAGAUGUUCUGUCCCUACCAGGUGCAGUUCUCCUCCUCCUUUAUGGCAUUCGGCACAGCCAUGAUGAAGAGGGUUAUGGAGGAAGUGGAAAUGGUUUAUACAAGCCCCUGCACACGGAGACAGACAGUGAGGUAGCUGACUCUGAAAGUCAGGUAACUCCCUUUGCUAAAGCUGCUUUUUUCAGCAAGAUGACAUUUUGGUGGUUGAAUCCUCUGAUGAAGAUGGGAUAUGAAAAGCCCCUUGAGGACAAAGACAUGCCACUUUUAGGCGCCACAGAUCGAGCGCGCAACCUGUAUGUGAUGUUCAUGGAGAAGCUCAAUGACAAGAAGCAGUCGCCGUCGCACCCCACACCAUCAUUCUUCUGGACUAUUGUUUCUUGCCACAAGCGUGCAAUCUUGGUCUCGGGUCUCUUUGCUUUGCUCAAGGUUCUGUCCUUAUCCACAGGCCCAAUACUUCUUAGGGAAUUCAUCAAUGUAUCACUUGGGAAAUGCACCUUUAAAUAUGAAGGAUAUGUACUUGCUGUGGUAAUAUUUGUCUGCAAAUGCUGUGAAUACUUCUCACAGAGACAGUGGUAUUUCCGCACCAGGAGAUUAGGACUGCAGGUGAGGUCACUCCUAUCAGCAGCAAUUUACAAGAAACAACAGAGGCUAACAAAUGCAGCAAAAAUGAAGCACUCUACUGGAGAAAUUAUGAACUAUGUGACCGUCGAUGCCUAUCGGAUUGGGGAAUUCCCAUACUGGUUCCACCAAACAUGGACAACAAUUGUUCAGCUUUGCAUUGCCCUGGCAAUUCUGUACCAUGCGGUCGGUGCUGCAAUGGUUUCGUCAUUGGUUGCCAUCAUUAUCACCGUACUCUGCAACGCUCCAUUGGCCAAACUGCAACACAGAUUUCAGAGUAAACUUAUGGAAGCACAAGAUGAGAGAUUGAAGACCAUGUCCGAGUCACUAGUUCACAUGAAGGUCUUGAAACUUUAUGCAUGGGAAGCUCACUUCAAGAAGAUCAUCGAGGGGUUGAGGGAGGUUGAGUACAAGUGGUUGUCAGCAUUCCAGCUUAGUAGGGCGUACAACAGCUUCCUGUUCUGGGCAUCACCUGUCCUGGUUUCAGCAGUGACCUUUCUAACAUGCUAUCUUCUGAAAAUUCCUCUUGAUGCUAGCAAUGUGUUCACCUUCGUGACAACUCUACGUCUUGUGCAAGACCCAGUUAGGUCAAUACCCAAUGUAAUUGCAGUUGUGAUACAAGCUAAGGUUGCUUUCACCCGGAUAUCAAAGUUCCUUGAUGCACCUGAGCUAAACAGGCAAGUUAGGAAGAAAUACUAUGUUGGCAUUGAUUACCCUAUAGCGAUGAAUUCGUGUAUCUUCUCUUGGGAUGAAAGUACAUCAAAACCAACCCUAAAGAAUAUAAAUCUGAUAGUCAAAGCUGGAGAAAAGGUAGCAAUUUGUGGAGAGGUAGGUUCAGGAAAGUCAACGCUUUUGUCUGCUGCACUCGGAGAGGUCCCCAAAAUUGAAGGCACGAUCAAAAUCUCUGGGAAAAUAGCAUAUAUUUCUCAGAAUGCAUGGAUCCAAACAGGAACCGUGCAAGACAAUAUUCUCUUUGGAUCGUCGAUGGUCAGGGAAAGAUACAACAACACACUGGCGAGGUGCUCAUUGGUCAAGGACCUUGAAAUGUUGCCAUAUGGGGAUUGUACCCAAAUUGGGGAGAGAGGAGUAAAUCUUAGUGGUGGUCAGAAGCAGCGUGUCCAGCUUGCUCGUGCACUAUACCAAAAUGCAGACAUCUAUCUUCUUGAUGAUCCUUUCAGUGCUGUUGAUGCCCAUACAGCCACAAGUAUAUUCAAUGAAUAUGUCAUGAGUGCUCUAUCAGACAAGACUGUUCUCUUGGUGACCCACCAAGUGGAUUUGUUACCUGCAUUUGACUCCAUUUUGUUAAUGUCAGAUGGAGAGGUUAUCCAGUGUGCACCUUAUCAAGAUUUAUUGGCAGAUUGUGAAGAAUUUAAAAACCUUGUCACAGCCCAUAAAGAUACUACUGGUGCAUCGGAUCUUAAUAACAAUAUACCACCUCAAAGAUCUAAGGAAGUAUCAAUAAAGGAGACAGACGGUAUUCAUGGAAGCGGAUAUACAGAGUCUAUGAAGCCAUCGCCGGCAGAUCAACUGAUCAAGAAAGAGGAAAGAGAAAAGGGGGAUUCAGGUGUUAAGCCUUAUAUGCUUUAUCUGUGCCAGAACAAAGGCUUCCUGUAUUUCUCCUUUUGUGUUAUUUUUCACAUAAUUUUCGUAGCUGGGCAAAUAUCACAGAAUUCAUGGAUGGCUGCUAAUGUCCAGAAUCCUCAUGUUAGUAUGCUGAAGUUAAUUUCUGUGUACAUUAUAAUUGGAGUUUGCACAAUGUUGUUCAUGCUAUCAAGAUCUUUAGUAGUCGUCGUUCUUGGGAUCCAGACAUCAAGAUCCUUAUUUUCCCAAUUGCUCAAUUCAUUGUUCCGUGCACCAAUGUCCUUUUUUGAUUCUACUCCUGUAGGAAGGGUUCUUAGCCGGGUCUCUUCAGAUUUGAAUAUCAUUGACCUCGAUCUUCCAUUUGCCUUCGUGUUUAGCCUUGGUGAUACCUUAAAUGCAUAUAGCAAUCUAGGGGUAUUGGCUGUUGCUACAUGGGAAGUUUUAUUUGUAUCUGUGCCAAUGAUAGUUUUGGCAAUUAGGUUGCAGAGGUACUAUCUAGCCUCGGCCAAGGAGCUGAUGCGGAUCAAUGGUACUACCAAGUCCGCUCUGGUGAAUCACUUAGGUGAAUCGAUUUCAGGGGCUAUAACAAUAAGGGCCUUUGGGGAAGAAGAUCGUUUCUUUGCUAAAAAUUUGGAUCUUGUUGACAAGAAUGCCUGUCCAUAUUUCUGUAAUUUUGCCGCAACUGAAUGGUUGAUUCAACGCCUGGAAAUAAUGAGCGCCUCCGUGCUUUCUUUUUCUGCCUUUGUCAUGGCUCUUCUUCCUCAAGGAACUUUUAGCCCUGGUUUUGUGGGAAUGGUAUUGUCCUAUGGUCUUUCGCUAAAUGUGUCCUUUGUUUGCUCUAUUCAAAACCAAUGCAACCUUGCGAAUCAGAUAAUAUCAGUGGAACGGGUGAACCAGUACAUGGACAUACAAAGUGAAGCAACGAAAGUUAUUGAAGAAAAUCGGCCAUUGCAAGAUUGGCCCCAAGAUGGCUAUGUGGAACUUAGAGAUUUGAAGAUCAGGUAUAGGAAAGAUACUCCCCUUGUACUACAUGGAAUCACUUGCAAGUUCCAAGCUGGAGACAAGAUUGGUAUAGUUGGUCGGACAGGAAGUGGCAAGACAACGUUAAUUGGUACAUUGUUUCGUCUUAUUGAACCUGAUGAAGGGAAAAUAAUUAUAGACUCUAUGGACAUCGGUACGAUAGGGUUACAUGACCUGCGUUCGCGUUUGGGUAUCAUUCCACAAGAUCCAACACUUUUUCAUGGUACAGCAAGAUACAAUCUAGAUCCUCUUGGACAAUUCUCAGAUCAGCAAAUAUGGGAGGUUCUUGGCAAAUGUCAACUUCUUGAAGCUGUCCGAGAGAAGGGACAUGGAUUGGAUUCACUUGUUGUGGAAGACGGGUCGAACUGGAGCAUGGGCCAAAGGCAGCUCUUCUGUCUGGGACGCGCACUUUUGAGAAGAUGCCGCAUCUUAGUUCUUGAUGAAGCGACGGCCUCUAUAGACAACGCAACAGAUGUUGUCCUUCAGAAAACGAUCCGAACAGAGUUCAAAUAUUGCACCGUUAUUACAGUUGCACACCGUAUACCAACAGUUAUGGACUGUGAUAUGAUACUUGCAUUGAGAGAUGGGAGAGUAGCAGAGUAUGACAAACCUGUAAAGCUCAUGGAGACUGAAGGAUCUCUCUUUCGUGAGCUGGUCAAGGAGUAUCGGUCACACACAUCAAACACAAAUAUUUAGAAGAGACUGUCGAUUUUGAUUGUUUACUUGAUGCAGCUUUCCAAGAGAGAGAAAAUAAAUCAGCUUUUAUUAUACGCUUUCCAAAAGAGAUACGACGUGAAGCUAUAUUCCUCGGAGGAGUUCAUCAAUUUGGUACCCUAGGAAAAACAGUACCAUCUGUAUUAUUUCGAAGUUUCUUUUGCUAUUUAUUGCUACCGGAAAUUCUGUGCAAUACAUUGUGAGCUGUCAUAGUUAACUGAUGAAGUUGAAGAGAGUAAAUCCCCGGAGAUUUCCUUGCUCCAGAAGUCAGAUACAGUAUAAAAGGCUAAGCAGGAGGGACCCUGCUGACCGUACUGAUUAGCAAGGCUAAAUGAGAGCUCAUAAUAUGUUCAUUGAUU